CUCAAAAGAAGUUCUAAUUAACGAAAAACUCUGAUCGAUCUAGAUACACAGAGUAAGGCUAGGAAUUGAAAGAUCCAAUUAAGGUAUGAAUUCAAACAUGCAGAAACUGUUUGAUUCAAAGAAGAGCAUGUUUGAAGAACAUGUAAAACGUUCUACAUUAUCAAAUAAAGAUGAUGGUUCUCGCAUUAUUCGGAUUCCGCUACCACCGGGAACCCAGAAGGAAGAGCUAGCUAUAAGAAUAACCGGUGCUGGGUUGAUUAAGAUACGAUGGAAUCCAAAAGGGGUAUCGGAAACCAUACAUAUGACUGUACCCAUUCCUAUAUCACAAGAUCAUGACCGAGACGAAACUAAAGCAAGUUUUGAUCCGGUGGGCGUCGCUCUCAAUCUCAUUCAGCCACCACUCAAGCAUAAAAUACCACCUACUACCAAUUAUUAUAUACUAACAUGAUAUACCACCGACUACCAUUGUACAAGGUCCAGUGCAGAAAAAUCCUGACGCAAGUAACCGUGAGGCGCCAAAAACCACACAGCCACCAUUGAAGCAUAAUACACCACCCACUACCAUUGUACAAGAUCCAUUGCAGCAAAAACCCGACGCAAAUAAUCGCGAGACGCCAAAAAGAACCACACAGCCACCACUAAAGCAUAAUAUACCACCGACUACCAUUGUACAAGAUCCAGUGCAGCAAAACCCCGACGCAAAUAUUCGCGAGGCGCCAAAAACCACACAGCCACCACUGGAGCAUAAUAUACCACCGACUACCAUUGUUCAAGAUCCAAUGCAACAAAACCCCAACGCAAAUAAUCGCAAGGCGCCAAAAACCACACAGAGCAUUGAUAGAAGUGAUCAAAAUGAUGGAAAUGCUAAAAGAAGAGUUGAGGAUGAACGUGAUGGCGGCGGCAGCCUUGAAUACCGGACGACGAAAAGCAAAAGUAUGGGUAACCAAGAAGAAGAAAGACAUACCAGAACUCCGGCCGCAGCGGCGGCAACCAUGACAGAAGUAGCCGCCGGUCACAGUGUUGCAGAUGCGGCAGCAGCUUAUUUGGAGGGCGCAAAAAAGCUGAUAAGGACUCAUCGACGGGAGUUGUUGAAUGUGGCUGUGGGUUUGGCGAUACUAGGCAUUAGCAUGUAUGUUGUUACCGGCCGCGGCCGCCAUGAUUAGAUCCAUCCAACCUUUGAGAAACUAAACCUGUUUAAUUUAAUGUAUCUCGGAUGAAGAUUAACAUUAUUGUUCUAUUCACGCAUAUAUAAAUUGUAAAAGAAUAAAUUUACCCUCUGCGGGCAUAUAUAUAAAUUGCAUGCAUGUGAUUGAUUCUAUAAUGAAAUAAAGA